AUGGUGGCAGCGGCGACAAUCUCCUUUCUACCCUUUUUCCGCCGUCGCAUCUACGAGCUCUGUCUGAGGACCCACCAAGCACUUGCUGCGCUGGCAGCGGUGGGGGCCGCGCUGCACUUGCUAUCGGUUGCUGGCCGGCUCAGGCUGUGGGUGUACAUCUACCUUGCUGUGACGACACUGGCAACCUUGGUCCAGGGCUGCUUGAUGGCUUUUCGCAACAAGGCUUUGGGACAAACGUUUGGACGAGCCUACAUCGACCACGUUACGGGAACCGUGCAGGUAUCAAUCAAGCUGUCGAGGCCACUCAAGUUCGAGGCGGGACAGUACCUGUUGUUGUGGAUCCCGAGAGUCCGACUGUUUGAGUGCCAUCCCUUCGUCGUGACUUCGUGGGCGGAAGCGGAACAAAGCAUCGUCGAUCUCUUCAUCAAGCCCCGACGAGGAUUCACUUCCAGCCUGGUCCGAUAUUCUCACGGGCACGUCGUGCCCCGACUGGCCCUCCUCUCUGGGCCACACGGCGUCAGCGUGCCGGUGUGGGACUAUGAGGCGGUGCUCAUGGUGGCUACGGACCACGGGAUUUCUGCCCAGGCUCCGUACCUGAAGAAGCUUGUGUACGGAUACAACCACUGCAGAGGCCGCACGCGGCAGAUACACCUUAUUUGGCAGGUAACCAACCUUGGGAUCGUACAUGCGGCCGAGUCAAUCCUCAACCCUAUACUGAACGAUGACACGCUCGACGAUGGCUACAUCCUCGAGAUUUCCAUUUACUAUGACAUGCGGGAACAAGGAAUGUCCGUCGAAGAUGUCAAGAUGCUGAUCCCGGGUUGCACCAGCGACGAGCUGAUAACCAAAAGCGCUUCGACGCACAUCCUGAGCGCGUCUGAUGUCGAACGGCUGGUGACCAAGCAUCUUUACGGCGGCACCGGUCGGUCACAUGGUAAACCGGCUCGUGUGAGGGAUUUCGGGACGAGAGCGCGACUCUACGUGGGCAGUCCCGAUCUCGCGGCAGGCAUGUGGAGUGAGGCAUCACGCGUCUUCGAUCGCACAGUACAAGAAGCAGUUGGAAAGACGGGAGACAUGUUGAUUCUUGGUAAGAGCUGUUUCUGCGGUGGCGAAUCCUUUCUCACCAGCGCCGUAGUAUCCGCCGCAAACGAAAUACGGGACGCACUUUGCGACCUUGCGGGAGGUUUCCUGAUUGAAGAAAACCACCCUCUGUACGACGAGUACCGCAAAGGACAAGCCAUCCGCGAAUAUCUUCAGACCAAUGUCUGGCUGCGGGAGCUUGAUUAUCAGCCGGCGGAUUGAUGCACUUGGAUGUGUACUUGGUCAACCUGCGAGCACGUUCCUGAUAGCGACUUCCCAUACGACCGUUAGAUAUCGUACCAUGGGUUCAGAAAAGAGAUGGCCAGUUGCUAAA